GCGUUUUACUUGUUAAACAUUGUUCAGCGGACGUAAAAAGCGCUUGCGCUAUGGUCCCAACUUUAGAGGACGAGCUCACGCCCAAGUCCAAUACAUAGCUUUGAACUGAUAGAGGGACCACAACCCCUUUAUCUACCGACCCACCCUACCAGUCUGACUGCUCACAUACACACCCAUGUAGCCUUCUUGCCUUUUGUAUAGGCUAGUGGACUAAUUAGUCGGAUUCAACGGCCCAAUACUGAAUUUUAAUCUCUGACUGUUUAGAAUUGCGAAAAGCUAUCUUUUCAAUGCUAACUGUUAUCAAAGCUGGGGUCCAUUAGUCAACAUCUGAACAAAACAAAAAAAUCCAAAACGAUGCUGAGAUUUAGGCAAUGUAUAGGAUAUUGUAUUUUGUAAAUAGCCAUAUUUGACAUUGACAAGACUUUAGCCUUUCUAUUGAGCAGGAUAUGAAGGAUAUUUCAAGUGAUCUCGCAGAAUCUUAAAUUCCCCCAACAAUAACUAGAUUGUGGACACUAUGUCUGCUAUGACAUGAAUAUAAUUAAAAGUUUCCGAUUAUCCUUGGUUAGAUACAAGUUUACCGAGUAGAGUAUCCUAUCAAAACUACUUUUGAUUGGAUACAUUUUCUUGACACUCCGCCCUUUCGUUGGUUUAAUCCCGCCUUAUUAAUGUUUCGCAAUGUCUGAUUGGACGCUCAAGACAACCCGCUGCGUACCGUCAGUACGUCACGACAACGGAGGUACGCAGUGAUGAUGGUGUGGCUCUCCUUGCCGCCGAUUCAGAUAGGUUGAUGGUAGAGUGUUAAAAGGCAUUUUUAGUCUAGUUUCUCCCGUAUGGAGUUACGGACUGAGGCAGUAGUGGCCACAGUGGAGAUGUCGGAGCUAAAGAGCCGAGAAGAUGACCCUUCAGAUAGCAAAGAGUACGAGAGUUUGCCACCCCAUGCCUCCUUGACGACCCACAUGACAGCGGGAGCAGUGGCUGGAAUACUGGAGCACACGGUGAUGUACCCCAUAGACUCUGUCAAGACAAGGAUGCAGAGUCUGCAGCCUGACCCGAAGGCCCAGUACCGGGGCGUGUACGAGGCCCUGCAAAGGAUCGUCCGCACCGAGGGCAUCAUGCGGCCCCUGAGGGGCCUCAACAUCACAGUGCUGGGGGCUGGCCCGGCCCACGCCCUCUACUUCGCCUGCUACGAGAGAGUCAAGCGCACCCUCAGCGACGUCAUCCAGAAUGGGGGGAACAGCCACAUAGCCAACGGUGUGGCGGGUAGUCUAGCCACUGUUCUCCAUGAUGCUGUGAUGAACCCAGCUGAAGUCAUCAAGCAGCGCAUGCAGAUGUUCAACUCGCCGUACCGGGGCCUGUGGGACUGCGUGGUGACGGUGACGCAGCGCGAGGGCGUGGCGGCCUUCUACCGCAGCUACAGCACGCAGCUGACCAUGAACAUCCCCUUCCAGGCCGUGCACUUCAUCACCUACGAGCUGACGCAGGAGCGGCUCAACCCGCAGCGGCGCUAUCGGCCGACCAGCCACAUCGUGUCGGGCGCGGCGGCCGGCGCGGUCUCGGCAGCGGUCACCACGCCGCUGGACGUCUGCAAGACGCUGCUGAACACGCAGGAGAACGGCGCGGUGCGCCUGUCGGGCAUGGCCAACGCCAUUAGGACGGUCCAUCGGCUGGGCGGCCCUGCCGCCUUUUUCAAGGGCGUGCAGGCGCGCGUCAUCUACCAGAUGCCCUCCACGGCCAUCGCCUGGUCGGUCUACGAGUUCUUCAAGUACUUCCUCACCCAGCAUCAGCACCAGCAUGACCUCGCCCACAGGGACCAUGUGCAUCAGCGCCAGCAUGACCUCGCCCACAGGGACCAUGCGCAUCAGCUCCAGGAGCCCAAGCCAGACGCGGGCUCCAGUCCCACAUGAGACCCACCAUGGCUCUCUGGGUUUGAGCAAAGACAGGGAGCUACAGGCCCCUGAAUUAAUGGGGGAGGAGGCAGAGUCCUCCUCAGAGCCACACCCCCCCCACCCCCCACCCCGUCAUUUCAGUAUGUUUACCGUGGAGUCAUGACCUGACUGACACUAAAAGAGGGCACUUUGGACGUUUGCUGUCAUUUAGGUAGAACCUUGUGUUCAUUUGUCGUCGUUGUUGUCAUUCUCAUCAACAUUCAUUUUAGAAUUUAAAAGGGUUUCAUCCAACUUUUCUCAUCCACCGUUCCAUCAGUCUCUCCCCGCGUUGCCGGAGACACUGGUGCGGUCCGAUGAAAUGACUCUUAGCGGCAAUGCAGUGUGGCUUGCCACGAAGGGGUAAUAGAAUGUAAGCGGUGGUUACCACUCCUUCUCCACCACCCCUCGUCUUUCUCCAUACCAGUCUCUGGCUCGCUCAACAACCCCCCCCCCCCCCUCCCCCUGGUCGCUGUCUGUGUGAUGACUGAGUCUCCCCUCCUCACACUGGGCUUGGCUUCAUCCGUUUGUUUAUGGAUUUCAUGUAGGAAAGUUUUCUUAUUUAUUUUAUUGGCUAAGCGGAGGUCGCGUUUCGAGGAUUUCGGAAGCGCCGCAGGGUUUGUGGUCUUGUUUGAUUUCCUUGUGUAUUUUUUAAAGGACUGUUUAAUUGCGCGCAUUCCUU